UUGACAAACGCGUAUUACUUUGCGUCUUAUGCCCUUAAAUCAGUCAGUGUGUUGCGCACAAAAGUGUUUAUAGGCUGCCGGGAAGGCGCGCAGCACGACGUGAGGUGCCUGGAUGAGGAGCAGACGUCGCACCGGGCUGACAGUGCUGAUGUCCCGUCACACUGAUGGGGGCCGACGGCAGUAAAAACAGGAAGAGGUCCGCUGAAGGGCAGGAAGAUGAGGACUUCUCAUCUGGAUGGCGGGGCUUCCUCUCCAGCAUGGGUCUGUCUAUCCCAGCAGGCCUAUGUCGCUUGGCCCCACCUGCCCUCCGGCUGGGCCAACAUCGAAUGCUCCAGGGCAAGACUCCCGACAUCCCGGAGCAUGUGCUGAGGCUGGCGGGAGUCGGUCCAGGCAAACUGAGGGCCGAGUGGAGCCUGCCGGGGUUCAUUACCAUGUUCCUGCCUGAAUUCCCCCACAGAAAUGUGCCUGGGCACGAACACUUUCAGGUGUUGAGUUAUAUCGCCAAAGGUUCAUUUGGACCCAUUCUGAAAGUGAAGGACAAGACCAAGCAGAAAACAUAUGCUGUCAAAGUUAUACCUAAAUCAGAGAUACUAAGACUCGGGGUGUUGGAGCAGUCAAAAGAAGAAGUUAUUGUCAUGCGUCAGGUUCGCCACCCAUUUGUCCAUGACCUCCAGGACUGCUGGCAGACUCAGCGCCACCUCUACAUUAUGUGUGACUACUGCAGCACAGGAGACCUGUACACCUACUGGCAGAUGAUUGGUCAGUUCACAGAGGACACAGUGCGAGUGUUUGCAGCAGAAUUGGGAUGUGCACUCGGAUUUCUGCACGACUUUGGGAUCAUUCACCGAGAUGUGAAGAUGGAGAAUAUCCUGCUUACAGACAAUGGACACCUCCGCUUAGCUGACUUUGGUUUGUCCCGUCGCCUGGAGAGAGGAGGACGAGCUUUUACCAUUUGUGGAACCAUCCAAUAUAUGGCCCCAGAGGUGCUCAGUGGCGGACCCUACAACCAUGCAGCUGAUUGGUGGUCGCUGGGAAUUCUGCUUUUUUCAUUGGUUACUGGGAAGUUCCCCAUGCCUCCAGAGCACGACCACUGCAGUAUGCUCCGGAAAGUGAGGAGUUUUCCCUAUGAAAUGCCCCUCAGCCUCAGCUCCCCACUGGCCUUGUUAAUAACGGAGCUUUUGUGCAAAACUCCGACCCGCCGCCUGAGGACCCUCGAUCGUUUCAAACGCCAAACCUUCUUCCGUGGAACAACAUUUGACCUCGAACUACUGCAGCGCCAGCCUGUGGAGGUGAUUCUGGAGCUGAGAGAGAGACCAGACAGAGCUGCCAAAGCUCGACGAGGCCUCACUUUGUCUCUGCAGCCUCUCAAAGGUUUCGACUACGACUCGUUCCUCAGCCCUCCGUCUACGCCGGACACACAGCUGGAUGCAGACACACAAACCCACACAGCUGUACCACUGCCCGGCCCAGCACUCCCACUGAAACCUGCUCAGGAAAAAGGCCUACGUAGAGAAGUGUUUGUGUGACGCACUCUACGGUUUACAGUAUGGUUACCAACACACUAAAAGGCCUACAUUUAUGUAUUUCUGCAGACUUUUUCACUCUUACACACAGGUGUGGUGCACCUUGUAAAAUGUCUUAUUUAGUAAAAUCCAAAAUAGCUGAUAAUGAUUUAAUUUGACCUGUAGUAAACAUCACUUUCCCACUUAUAUUUGCAAUUUCUAUGAUUUUUGUGCAUUUUUUUCUUGUUUGCCUUUAUACAAUGAGCACCUUUUCAAGCCUACUGGAUUUUUUCAACAGUUGUGCAAGAAAGAUUGCACUAUUGUUGUCCAUCUACUUUCAGUUUCAAGUGACUGGUCAUGACUGCCCUGUUAAUACAUUGCAAUCAAAUUCACCUCACAUGGAAAAGUCAUGCUGGUUGAAGACAAUGCACAGAUUUAUUUUUUCUUUUACUUCAAGAUUUAUGUAGCUUAGUAGAAAUCCAUUCAAAACUCCUCAAUGAAAUGAGAGUAUUUCUGAACUUCUGCCUUUAUUUUCAUGUUGCAUGAUUAUAAAACUUUUGGCAGAAGUGGAUGAAAGAAACUCCCUGCCUCGUCUUCUAGGUGAUUAUGCUGUGAACUUGACUAACAACACCUAUUCUGUACCUUUAUUAAUGCUGGGAUAUAAACUUUCCCUUACUUGACCUUAAUUCUGUAGCAGCAGGACCGUCUCUCCUCCUUUACUAUCUAAAGUCAUGCAAGCAUCACAACAUCAGAUGUGAACGCCUUCAACGUCUGCUUUAGUUUGAAUCACUUAUGACCUGCGACUCAGGUGAGCACACGCCAGUUCUCCCAGUUAAGCCUUGAUUUUGUCUCCAAGAUGGAACCCCGGCUGUACAGAUAUGAGCUGAGACUGAAAGGUUUGAAUCAACAACAGUAUUGUUUACCUACAGUUCACAUUUUGAUAGAAAAAGGACUUUUUCUAUUGUGUACGGCUGCCGUAACCAGUCGGUAAACAGACCUUCAUGCACUUACCCAUCAGAUUAUAUCAUGAUUUUGUAAAGUAUGCCCUGAUGUGUACCCAGAAUGCCUCACGUGUGAUCCUUAGCUUUCUUUUUACUGUCACCAAAAAUGCUUAUUUAUAGAAUCCUAUUUAUAAAGUUUAUAUGACUAUUUUGGAUGCUAUUUGAUGUUAUAUGUUAUGGUACAUUGUAUUUUUGUA